UGUUAUUUAAGCUCAUCUUCGAAGGCGGUGUUGCACUAACGACGAAAUUGGAAGGUUUCAAUUCAAGAUAUUCUCGAAAUUGUCACGUCUUUAUCAUCUUGCUGACUGACGCCAAGCUCCCACGGUGACUGGAGGCAUACUUUACGAUGUGCAUCGUGUUUUAUUCUGUCCAACUACACGAGCUUUGUUCGAAGCUCGGCGUUGUGACGUUGUCAUGUUAGCAUGCUCGGCUAACGUCCACAAGGAACGAAGCACGAAGUGAAAGUGGAAGUUCCAAAGGGUCUUCCCCCCCCUCGGCGCUAGCGCUUGCUGUCAUCAUGAUGGCGGACCAGAACAUAGCAGCCAAGCUGAAGAACCUGCUGAAACAGGACAAGAUCCAGUUAUGGAAGCCACCUUACACCGAUGACACUGAGCAGCCUGGACAGCAGCAACUCCAGGUGCUGGCAGAGCAAUACGCCCCCCUGCUGGGUUUGCCUGUGUCUGAGGUAGGGGGCGCUCUGGAGUCCAUCCGUCUCCAGGCGUUGAAGAGAGGAAAAAGAAACCAAACCUUCCGAGAAACCAACGUCGCUACUCUGGAGCUCCUCCUGCCUCGAGACUGCAAGAAGGCGUCGGCGAGCGGCAAGUCCAAGAGCUUCAUGGAGACCAAGCUGGACGUGCCGGCCCAGGAGCUGAUGGACAGGAUCGCCGAGGAGUUUGACCUCAAGACCUUCAAACUGAUCCUCAACGGCAAAACCUUGAAUGCGGCCCAGCAUCUGGACCAGCAGGACGUGAAGAACCACAGCAAGAUCAUGGUGCUGAAGGUGAGCGACGCCGAGUUCGUGCAGCAGGCCAGCGAGGAGGCCGACAAAGUCAAGAACCAGAACGAGAGCCUGCAGCGGACCCACCGGGGGUUCCAGAUCCUGUCGGAGAGAGACGGCACUGAUGACCUUCACACGACGCCCUUCCUGGAGGUGGCUGACCAGAAGGGGAACCCUCUCAAGAUCCCUCACAAGGAGAAGAAGGCACUAAUUGUGGCCAUGGGCUUCCAUGAGAAGGGGCGUGCCCUCAUGAAGAGGAAGUGUCAUGACGACGCUCUGUGUCAUCUACUGCAGGCAGACCAUCACUUCAGUCAGUGCGGCUCCACGCUGCUGGGCUCGGUGGACAACUACGGCGUCCUGCAGCUGGACAUCGUGUGGUGCUACCAGGCCCUGGAGGCGCUGUCCUGCCUGGACGACGGGCGGGCGCGUCUGCUGCGCGCCGAGGACUGCUUCCUGCGAUGUUACGGCGAGCAGCAGCAGCGGCUGCUCAUGAUCAAGGGCAACACGGGCAGGGAGGAGGCGCUGUUUCUCCGCCUGUACCUCCUGCAGAGUCUGCUGUCCUUCGUCGAGGGCAACGACCUCCAAGCCCAGGAGUUGCUCACUAAAGUGGAGUCUCUGUACGGACGUUUGUGUCCCGACUCGGACAAAAUGACGGAGCUGAUGCUGCUCGGCUUCAGCGAGAGAGAAGCUCGACUCAGUCUGAGGGCGUGUCAGGGCGACGUGCACGAGGCCGCCAUGCUCAUCAGCAAUCAGAGACAGGAGCGCGAGGAGCUGAAGCACAGGGAGCGUCAGAAGAGGAAGAACAUGAUGGCGGGCAUCUCCGUCCUCACAGAGGCGGGGUACUCCAAGAAGGACGCGGCCAGGGCGCUGCAACAAGCCAACGGAAACGUGGACAAAGCCUUUGAAAUCCUGCUGGAAGCCAGCCAGGCGUCUCCGAAGUCAAAUACCGACAGAGAGGAGACCGUCAGUCCAGAAUCGCUGGAGCAGUUGCUCUAUUUGGGCUUCGAGGGGACGGAGGCCGAGAUGGCGCUCGUGUUGACGGGCGGAGACGUCCAAUUAGCGACGCAGCUCCUGUUGGACAAUCAGGGCGUGGUCCCCGCCGGCGCAACGCCCCCUUCGGAGGAGGAGCCCAGCACGUCGUCCAGCUCGGCAGACAGUGAGCUGGUCAACGAGGUCCUCGAGGACAUUUCCCGCCACGAGGACGACUACUUGGACCUGACUCUGGAGGAGGAGAGCCGGCUCAUCGCCACCAUCAAAAACUACCUGAGCCGGGAGAGCUCGCAGUCGGUCUCACGGGAAUCUUUGGGCACCUAACGAGUCGAUCCCAUUACCGGGGUGACGAUUCAAUUCAGAAUCGAUUCUGGAUUUAACUUAAUCAUUUGGUAUAAUAAUUAUAAUGAAAUCUUUUUCAAAACAGGUUAUGGGUUGAAAAAAAAGCUCUUUCUGUCUGCAUGGA